UAGAACGGAGAAAAAGGAUAGCUGUUUUCCCACAUCACAUGGCCUCGUUGCCGCUGGGACCUCAGCAGCAUCAGCAGCAGCACCUCCUACAUAAUCCACCACCACCACCGGACCACCCCCACCACCACCUCCAUCAUCAUCAUGACCAGGGAGCCGGGGCUGCUGCAGCUGCCUUGAAGCUCGCUUCCCAGUCUCGCCGUUCCGACAUGGACUCCGACAAGGAAAUGUCUGCAGCUGUUGUUGAAGGAAACGGUGCAGUCACUGGUCACAUUAUUUCAACUACAAUUGGAGGCAAAAAUGGGGAGCCAAAAAGGACGAUCAGUUACAUGGCUGAACGAGUUGUAGGAACUGGAUCAUUUGGAAUAGUUUUCCAGGCAAAAUGCUUGGAAACUGGGGAAACUGUGGCAAUAAAGAAGGUUUUGCAGGAUAGACGGUAUAAAAACCGUGAGCUGCAAUUGAUGCGUUUGAUGAAUCACCCAAAUGUGAUUUCCCUGAAGCACUGCUUUUUUUCCACAACAACUAGAGAUGAACUCUUUCUCAACUUGGUUAUGGAAUAUGUUCCUGAGACUUUGUACAAGGUCUUACGGCAUUACAGCAACUCGAAUGAAAGAACGAUGCCACUCAUAUAUGUCAAACUUUACACAUAUCAGAUAUUCAGGGGGCUAGCUUAUAUCCAUAGUGUUCCCGGAGUUUGUCACAGAGAUGUGAAGCCUCAGAACGUUUUGGUUGAUCCUCUUAACCAUCAGGUCAAGCUUUGUGACUUUGGAAGUGCAAAAGUUCUGAUCAGGGGGGAAACUAAUAUAUCUUAUAUUUGCUCUCGUUACUAUCGGGCACCUGAGCUGAUAUUUGGGGCAACAGAAUAUACAACGUCAAUUGAUAUUUGGUCAGCUGGCUGUGUCCUUGCUGAGCUUCUUUUGGGUCAGCCAUUGUUUCCUGGAGAAAAUGCUGUGGAUCAACUUGUAGAGAUUAUCAAAGUCCUUGGUACUCCAACUCGGGAAGAAAUUCGUUGUAUGAAUCCAAAUUACACUGAUUUUAGGUUUCCUCAAAUUAAAGCUCAUCCUUGGCACAAGGUUUUCCACAAAAGGAUGCCUCCUGAAGCAAUUGAUCUUACAUCUCGGCUCCUUCAAUAUUCACCAAGUCUUCGCUGUACUGCUUUAGAAGCCUGUGCUCAUCCUUUCUUUGAUGAUCUUCGUGACCCGCAUGUCCGCCUCCCAAAUAAUCGGCCUCUGCCAACACUUUUCGACUUUAAACAGGAAUUAUCUGGAGCUUCACCUGAGUUGAUCAACCGGUUAAUACCAGAGCAUGUUAGAAGACAAACGACGGGCCACUGUCCACAUCCUGCUGGGACAUAAUCAGAUGAAAUGGCAAAUAACCUGUUGGCAUUGAUGGAUGUGAAGAAAAACAUGAUUCCGUGACCUAUCUAGGUGGGGUGUUUGGACCAGUGCAGCGUUUUUUCACACCCCUAAAAGGUGUUUGCAUAUAGUUUCUCUGCAAGUUAACCUUGAAUUUGGUGAUCGUGCCUACCCUUCUUAGCCAAAGAAGAACCGUGUCACCCUUUUGUACAUUGUUUUGAUCAAGAGAUUUGAGAAAUGUAGGGAUCUAAAUUGGUAAUGCUAUGUGUGUCCAAUUAGGCAGAUUCCUGAAGAAGGAAUGGGAGAGGAGUAGAUGCUUAUAGUAGUGUCAUGUUUUCAUUGCAACCUGUUUACUUGCUGCUUUAGUUGAUUCCUAUAAAGAAUUGCAUGUGCUAUUGAAAAUUUUCAUUUUCUUC